AUGACUAAGCACUACCUCACAACUAUUCCGAGGGAGGCCGUGCUCCUGAAGGCUGGCUUCACAGGGGUUGAUGGUGACUACUUCCUGGGUCGCGCAACCGUCCCGGUUAGCCCGGAGCUGGAGAAGCUCCUGAGGAAGCACAUUUUCCCCUGGGCUGCCCCGGACAAAGGACAGAAACAGUGCAAGGAUUACAACCGCAAGAUGGUCAAGGAAGACAAGCCGGAGAAGCAGGACACCGUGGGGCUUAACAUACUAAAGGAGCUGGAUGGGGAGGCCAGGAUGGCGGUCGCACAAGACCUGGCCAUGUAUUACAUACACCAGCCGCGACACCCGUACGUGGUCAACAACCCGCUCUGCCAGACGGAGGAAUUUGCGUCGUGGGCUGCGGAUGUCUCCUUGGCAAAUCAACUGGCCAUAGUACAGCGCGACGCGACGCUUUGCCCCAAAUCGUGA